GCUGGCCGACAAGUCAACAUGGCGCAGACCGUGGUGGAGCAUGUUGUCGCGGACUCCGGAGCGUUUCUGAAGAAAGUCCAUCUCCAGGAGUUGGGCAGGAACAUCUACACGCUCAAAGCCGUCGUGGAUGAGAUCCGAGACCGGCAGACCCGGAGGGGCCUGGCCUUCCUGCCCUACGAGCUGCACUUCAAGGAGCCGCUGCCGGAGCACGUCCGCCACGUGACGGAGUUCUCCAAGAAGACGGGGGACUACCCGAGCUUGUCGGCCACCGACAUCAAGGUCCUGGCUCUGACGUACCAGCUGGAGCUGGAACAUGUGGGUUCUGAACACCUGAAGACGGAGCCGGAGCUGCAGAUGAACAUUCAGAGCACACAGCGCCACCCGGAGGCUCCGGUCAACAUGGCGGGGUUCCACCUCCCUGUAAAGAAGCGUACAGACACUCAGAGUUCCGCGCUGACAACGAACGCCACACCGAGUGGAACUGAGGAGUCGGACCUGACGGCCGAGGGCCAGCAGUUCAACAGCUUCCAGUUCUGGAAGGAACCGCUGCCGACCGUCAACGACGACCUGCUGGCGCUGCUGGGUCCGGGGGGAGACGGACAGAGACAGACGGACAGACAGAAGCUCUCUAGUCCAACCAAAGGGGCCGACCAGACGGACGGAGGACGGUUCAACAGCUUCCAGUUCUGGAGGGAGCCGCUACCGAGCAUCGAUGACGAGCUGCUGGCUUUACUGGAUGAGGGCGGAGCCUCCCGUUCAGCCCCACCCCCACCCACAGGGGAGGGGGCGGGGCCUAGGCCGUCAGAGGACCAAUCAGACGACGAGGACAAGGAGAACGAGCCUGAAGAGGAGGAUGAGGACGAUGGUGGAGGUUGGAUCACUCCCAGUAACAUCCAACAAGUCAAGUUGGACUCUGCUGAUUGGACGGCGCCUGAUGAUGUCACCGUUGGAUGUCUGACCACCGACUUCGCCAUGCAGAACGUUCUGAUCCAGAUGGGCCUGCGGGUGCUGUCCGUGAACGGGAUGGUGAUCAAACAGGCGCGGAGCUACAUCCUCAGAUGUCACGCCUGCUUCAGAACCACCAGCAACAUGACCCGGGCCUUCUGUCCUCACUGCGGAAACAAGACCCUGAAGAAGGUGUCGGUGACGCUGAACGACAACGGCAGCCUGCACAUGCACUUCUCCAAGAACCCCAAGGUCCUGAACCCCCGAGGACUCCGGCACUCGCUGCCGCUGCCGCAGGGAGGGAAACACGGCAACAACCCCCAACUGGUGGAGGACCAGCGCUUCCCCCAGCAGCGGCUCUCCUCUAAGGCCCGGCAGAAGACCGACGUGUUCGACCCGGACUACGUGGCCGGCUCGUCCCCGUUCUGCCAGAACGACAUCUACAGCCGAGCCGCCAACCUGCAGAUCAGGGACGGCCAGUGCGGCGGCGGGAGGAGGAGGGCCAACCCCAACACCGCCCGCAGGAAGUUCGUCAAGAAGAAGUGAUGACGGCACGGACCCCCGCUCUCCACAGACUACACACACGCACACACACUUACUGACACACACACACCCAUGGUGAUGCUGAUGGUGCGUUCACUGACUCCUCAGACAGAACAGAAUCCCCUCACCUCCUGCUUGUUACUGGUUUGGAGCCGUGGUGAGUUCACGUCCAGAACGUGAUGGUGGUCGUUACAGCUCGGUCUCAGAAGAACAGAAGCCCGGGUGGACGGAUGAACCUCCAGCUGAGAGCAGACCUGUGGCUCAUGUUGUCCCAACAUCCAUCCAUUCUUAUCAAUAAAGGCUCAGUUUGAUGUUU